UGGCAGCCCCCCUUUGAGUGGGGGAAGGACUGUCUAACCAUCAUAGAAACAUUUAUUGCACCCUAAAACUUUCACAUGCCAACUUUGGUUUCGUUUGCUUGGUUAAUUUCCGAGUAAUGCAGAAAUUUGUGUUUCAUUUGUAUGGCAGCCCCCCCUUAGAGAGGGGGGAGGGGUCUCAAAAUAUCACGAAAACCUUCCCCGGCCCCAAAAACCCCUACAUACCAAUUUUCAUGUCGAUCGGUUCAGUAGUUUCCGAGUCUAUAAGAAUCAGACAGACAGACAGACAUCACUCCAUUUUUAUAUAUAUAGAAGAUAGAAGAUAGAUUUGAGACUGAAAACAAAAAAUCAACUAUGUUAAUAUCAGCCCGGAGGGCCAACAGUGAUAAGGCCACCAAUUCAAGCAGAUUUAUUAUUGAAUUAAUUACAACGUUGUACAUAGGAUUUCUGGGCCUUAUUUUUGCCUCGUCUUUAGUGUAUUUAAUGGAGAAGGAAGUGGAGAACACAAUAUUCAACAACUUUGCUCAAGCCUUAUGGUGGAGUGUGAUAACGCUGUGUACGGUCGGAUACGGCGAUAUGGUCCCGGAAACGUGGCAAGGAAAAAUCAUUGCAUCGUUUUGCGUCUUACUUAUUUAUUUAUUAACUUUAUUAUUAGUUUGUGGCAACGAGCGGAGGGGGGAAAUGAUGCGCUUAGCAAUCCUCGGGAUAUGUGCCCAAGUUAAUCCUGGGGCUACUGCUUUGAUGACGGGGGCCAUUCACCGGUUGAACGGUUGCGUCGCCGGCCAAUGGGUUCUUAUCGCGGGUUGCAGCGAAAACUGCAGCAUAGGGAUGGACUAUUAAAUGUCCAUACCAAGAACCGUAACUAUUGCUCACAAUUAGAGCAAUGCGUUGGGAUCAGACUAAAUUUCUAAUGAGUUUGAUAUUUCAUAGCAUUUUCCAAGCUUCAAUUGAAUUAUUAUUUUUUUUUUCUUUUUUUUUAAAUUUUAAAUAUAAUGAUGGUCCCACCUCAUUCCCCUACAAAGCUUUGAGCUGGACGAGUUAUCUUAAAGAUAAUUAAAUGUUAGAAUUUUCCUUUAUAGCAUCAAACUGAACCAGUAAGCAAGAUAAUAAAAAAAUAAAAGAACGGACUGGUUUUGUCACAGAAAUUGAUUUUUUUCCAAAUGAACAUUUUGAGGCAUUGCGUGAGCGCAUUUCAUCCAUGGUAUGUCAAGAAAAUUUCCAACCCGAAAAAAUCCCUGACCGAUCGGGAAUUGAAGCCAAUACCUAAGUUCGUAUCAGCCGUGAAUUUGCAAGAGUCUUCUCGCUUUACUAGAUUCUCGAUAACGGUCUGCUGAUGCGAUCGUUAUCAAGCUCAAGGCGCGUAGAAGUAUAUCCUAAGGUGGGCCAACUUGCUAAAACCACUCUUCAGCCAUCUUGGAAGUCUACUGUGUUUUGUUUGUAAACAAAACACAAUACGCUUGUGCCCAAGCUCGCUCGUGAUCAGUCUGUCUCUUUCACGCUUCAAGGAAAAAAAUCCCCUUCUGCUUUCUUCCGUACUUUUUUAUAUACCGCUCCCCUAACCAACUUA